ACCUGUUCUCAUCCUUUGCCAUCCAUCCCCCAACUCACUCACUAUCCCACUCUUUGAAACAGCUGAUUUCCAAGAAAGAAAGGGAUCAUUCAGAAGACAAGUUUAGCAGAUGAUAUAGAGAAGAGCGAUGGAAUCUAUCACAUAAGCAGCUCGUUUAAUCUCUCUUGGCACUUUUAGCUUUGGGUAUGGUAUGGCUAGCUUGUUAGCAAUUUAGCUAGCUGACAACCCCGGCUAACGCAGCUAGCGAUGCAAACCUGACUUUCGUUGUGUAAAAUCAAAUAGGAUUUCCUCGCGCUGCGAACAACGUUUGCGGGCUUGUUUUUUCGUUCAUUUUCCUGGAAUCGUUUCGUCUACUGAGAGUGUUUUUGCUCAAAGCAAAUAUAUAGGGUCACGAUAGUCUUAUUAGCUAAAUACCGGCUAUCUAUAAGGGGCAUGGAACAGCUGGUUAGCAAUCGGGCUGAUGCCAGCUAGCUAACGUUCUACGACUCUUAAUUUCAUUGACCGACAUCUGAAGUGGAUGGAAUGGGCGUUUGCUACCUCUAUUUAGCUACCUCCGCAACACAGUGCAACUGGUUAGCUAUAUAAUAAGCUAGUGUAAUUACUCGGCUAACUAUAUGCAAACACAGAUGUGUCUACUUUUAAGGUUUAGCUAGCUAGUUCGUUAGUUAACUUCAACCAGACAAAGGUAGCUAGGUAAUGUAACAUAGCAUUGUUAGCUAAGGGGAGACUUCUUUCUCGUUGUAAAAUUAGGCCACAAAACAAAGUACAAAUGUAUUGACCGUGACAGGCAUUGUUCCCCCCAACCAGACUUGAUGGCAUUGGCAUUGAUUGUGUGAUCACUGGCCAAUUAGAUAGCGUUUGUGUCUAUAUGACGUUAGCUCAGGAACACUCAUAGCUAAUUAUAUAUAUUUUUUGUCGUGACCUACCUACCUCACUGAAACCAAUACUGGUGAUUCCACGACGAGUCUAAUAGCAAGCUAAACAGCACUGCUCCUGUUAUUACAUAUCUUGCAAGAUAGCUGCCAACCAUAUCAGACAUUGUUUACAUUCUCCGUUGCAUGUUCUACACGCAAGAAACAUAGUCAAUCAUGCCUGCAUAGAACAUUGAAGUGAAACUCUCGGAUCAUGUAUAUGUAAUGUAUGCAACGCUCAAAGUGAGUACAGUAUUAGACAUAGCUCCCAAAUGAAUUCUUCUGAUAGGGGUUUGGAAUAGAAUGGCAUUCCAUGGUACAGGCCGGCAGCAGACAGUAUGUGGUAACCUGUUCCCCGGAUCUGAGUUAGGCCAUAAGUAUUUUUGCGUCAACACCUCAACUGGAGCCACUUCCACGGGCCUCACUGCAACUCCGAGUCUAACUGGACCCACUGCCCCGGCGGGGACGCCACGACAUCCAACAUCUCUCGGGGGAAGCACCGGCGGCGGGGCCGCUGUACCACAGCCUCAUAGUAGUCCUGCCAGUGAAGUACCAAGCCCUGUUGAGAUGGAGCCUGAUCGACCUAUCGGUUAUGGCGCAUUUGGUGUGGUCUGGUCAGUGACAGACCCUCGUGACGGGCGUAAGGUAGCCCUGAAGAAGAUGCCCAAUGUCUUCCAGAACCUAGUCUCCUGUAAGAGGGUCUUCAGAGAGCUGAGGAUGCUCUGCUUCUUCAAACACGACAACGUGUUGUCAGCGCUGGACAUUCUGCAGCCUCCACAGAUCGACUGCUUUGAGGAAAUCUACGUGAUCACUGAGCUGAUGCAGAGUGACCUCCACAAAGUCAUUGUUUCUCCCCAGCCCCUCACCACCGACCACAUCAAGGUGUUCCUCUACCAGAUCCUCAGAGGGCUGAAGUACCUGCAUUCUGCUGGUAUCCUGCACAGGGACAUCAAACCUGGGAACCUGUUAGUCAACAGUAACUGCCUGCUCAAGAUCUGUGACUUUGGGCUUGCUCGUGUGGAGGAGCCGGACCCAUCUCGUCACAUGACCCAGGAGGUGGUGACUCAGUACUACCGGGCUCCUGAGGUGCUGAUGGGCAGCCGCCAUUACGGCUCUGCCAUAGACGUCUGGUCGGUGGGCUGCAUCUUCGCUGAACUACUGGGUCGACGCAUCCUGUUCCAGGCCCAGAGCCCCAUACAACAGUUGGAUCUGAUCACUGAUCUGCUGGGUACCCCUCCUCUCUCGGCCAUGGCAUCUGCCUGUGAGGGGGCCAGAGCUCACAUCCUGAGAGGACCUCACAAACCGCCGUCGCUCUCUGUGUUAUAUAUGCUGUCGGACGGGGCGACCCACGAGGCCGUGCACCUGUUGUGUCGUAUGCUGGUGUUUGAUCCGGCCAAACGGAUCUCGGGCAGCGACGCCCUCUCCCACCCCUACCUGGACGAGGGCCGUCUGCGCUACCACACGUGCAUGUGUCAGUGCUGCUACUCCGUGCCCAGCGGGCGUGUGUACACGCGUGACUUUGAACCGCCCGCCGACCGGAACUUCAGCCACAGCUACGAUAACAGCCUGCUCUCUGUCUGGCAGGGCAAAGAGCUCAUCCAUCGCUUCAUAACAGAGCACCAGCAGGGGAAACGAGUGCCGCUGUGCAUCAACCCCCAGAGUGCCGCCUUCAAGACCUUCAUCAGGUCUACUGCGUGGCAUUCCUCCAAAGUCUCCAGGAAGGAGGAGAGAUGAAGGGGAGUAUCGUUCAAGUACAAGAAGAAUCAUGGGAAAUUCAGUUUGAUAAAAAGAACAAGACUUGCUUUGGUCAAUAUAAUAGAGAUAGGUUUGGGUUUCUCUGGAUGGAGGGGAGGUGUGAAUGAAACAGUACGCCAGCCUCUCAGAGAGAAGAACCGUGUCUGUUUGAGGAAAUGCUCACUUUUACUAAAGACUACAUUUCCCUUCAAUGACAACUACCGUUCCCAACUAUGAAAACUACUAUUGACACUGGUGAAGACUUGACUACACCAAGGCUACAGGCAUUUCCCCAAUGCUGAAAACUAAAAUGUGCUGCUGAAUUUUUUUUAAAGGAAUAAAGAGGAAAAGUGGUA